CACUGGUCUGGUUCUGUAUAGCGAAGAACAGAACAAGUCAAUCCUCUUCCUACGACUAAACAAAAUUCACUUUGAAAACCUUCCCUUAUUUUAUUUGUUUCCUUCUCUUCUCUUCUUUUUCUCUUCAACUCUGAAAUAUGAAGGCUGGAUUUCGUGGCUUCACUAAAUUCACAAUCACGUAUAUUGCCAAGUUUCGCUUUCAUAGAAACCCAACCAAACCCUAAGUUUUAGGUCUGCUUUUAGCAGUAGAAGAUUCUCGAUUUGAUAAAGCAGCCAUUCAUUUGGUAAUGGAUCAUCCACGAUCAACUACCGGGACUGGCGAGGAUAACGUCGGGAUUCCGGAUGAUUUGCGUUGCAAGAGGUCAGAUGGGAAACAAUGGAGAUGCACUGCCAUGUCUAUGCCAGAUAAGACGGUAUGCGAAAAGCACUAUAUCCAGGCAAAGAAGAGGGCAGCGAAUUCCGCAAUGCGGGCUAAUUUGAAGAAAGCUAAGAGGAAGUCAUUGGGUGAAAGUGAUAUUUACUUGGAGAGUAAGAGUGACGAUUUUGAUGUACCACUUGUGAACAUGAAAGAGUAUCCUCUUCAGGCCUCCGGGAAAAAGUACUCAGAGAGGGCACCAAAAAAUAAGUUCCGCUACACACCCGAGACACCACCAGUGAGGAGUUUUUCAAUACGUAAUCCUCCAAAACAGAAUGAUGAUUCGCAGUUAGAUAUUGAGCUGUAUGAAGAGAAUAAUUGGAGGUCAUAUAAGACACCACCUGUUUCUGCUAUGGAUUUAUCCGGGAACAGGUCACAGAGGAUCUUGGAUGCUAAUGCAACAACAGUUUCGGAAUACUCUGAUCAAAGCACAGAAUCCUCUGAAGAGACUGGUGGUCAAACUUGUCAUCAGUGCCGAAGGAGUAAGAGAGAUAACGUUAUUUGGUGUUUUAAAUGUAAUCGAAGAGGGUACUGUGAUAGCUGUGUCUCUACAUGGUACCCAGACAUCUCACUGGAAGAUAUUCAAAGAAUAUGCCCUGCAUGUCGUGGUACUUGCAAUUGUAAAGUUUGCCUUCGUGGAGAUAAUAUGAUAAAGGUAAGGAUAAGAGAGAUCCCUGCUUUAGACAAACUACAGUAUCUCCAUAGUCUGCUGUCUUCAGUGCUUCCGGUUGUUAAGCAAAUCCACCAUGAGCAGUGUUCUGAAGUAGAGCUGGAGAAGAUGCUCCGUGGAACUGAAAUAGAUCUUGCCAGGACAAGAUUGAAUGCAGAUGAACAGAUGUGCUGCAAUUUUUGCCGGAUUCCUAUUAUUGAUUACCAUAGGCAUUGUGCCAAUUGCUCGUACGAUCUGUGUCUUAGUUGCUGUAGAGAUCUUCAGGAAGCAUCUACGCCUUGUAUUAAUGGAGUUGUGGAUAAUAAGAUUGGUGGAAUUCAAGAAAUGGAAACCUUGUUGGAGCAACCGAAAAUACCAAGAGUCAAACAAAACUUUUCAGACAAGUUUCCUGAUUGGAAAGCGAAUGGUGAUGGCAGCAUUCCAUGUCCCCCAAAGGAUUAUGGUGGCUGUGGAUAUCCAUCAUUGAAUUUAAGCCGCAUUUUUAAGAUGAAUUGGGUUGCAAAACUGGUGAAAAAUGUGGAGGAAAUGGUGAGUGGAUGUAGGGUAUACAAUGAUGGCUUACUGGAGAAAACUGAGUUUAAUGAUCAUAGACACUGCCAAUAUGCUAAUAGGGAGGAUGACAGUGAUAAUUUCUUGUUCUGCCCCACAUCUGAAGAUAUUAAAUCAGGCGGAAUUGGUGAUUUUAGAAAGCAUUGGGCCAGAGGUGAACCCAUCAUUGUUAACCAGGUUUUUGAUAGUUCAUCGGUUUCGAGCUGGGAUCCAAUGGCAAUAUGGAGAGGGAUGCAAGAGACUACGGAGGAGAAAUUGAAAGAUGAGAGCAGAAUCGUUAAGGCCAUAGACUGUUUUGAUUGGUCUGAGGUUGAUAUUGAACUUGGUCAGUUCAUAAAAGGAUACUAUGAGGGACGAAUCGAUGGAAAUGGUCAGCCAGAAAUAUUGAAGUUGAAGGAUUGGCCCCCCCCCAGUGCGUCUGAGGAGUUCUUGUUGUACCAGAGACCUGAAUUCAUUAGUAAAUUGCCUCUACUUGAGUAUAUCCACUCCAAGUGGGGUCUUCUGAAUGUUGCAGCAAAACUGCCACAUUACUCUUUGCAAAAUGACGUAGGGCCUAAGAUAUUUAUUUCCUAUGGGACCUAUGAGGAACUAGGUAGAGGCAACUGUGUAAUUAAUCUUCAUUUCAACAUACGCGACAUGGUCUAUCUAUUGGUGCAUACCUGUGAGGCAAAGCUAAAUGGUCAGCAGAGGAUAAAGACUGAGAAUAUGCAAAAUGACAAGGUAUCCAAGGAGAAAGAUUUGCAAGGAAAUCCAAGUGUAGGUCUGGACGAGGGUAGGUUUGGCAGUCACAGUUUGGAUAAUGAAUAUGGCACAAGCUUGGAUGAAAAUAAAGAUGAGAGAAUGAUGGAUCAAGAGAUUGACAAUUCUUCUAGUAUUGAAGGGGAUGCUUUGAGCUGUGAACUGUCAAACAGAGAUGGUGGAGAUGUCUCUGUAAAGACUCAUCCAGGAGUUUUAUGGGAUGUUUUUCGCCGUCGGGAUGUUCCACAAUUGAUACAGUAUCUGAGAAGACAUCAAACAGAAUUUUCGGAGCCCAACAGUGCAAAGAAUGAUUUUGUGACAAAGCCUCUUUAUGAUGAAAGAUAUUUCCUGAAUAGGCAUCAGAUACGAAAACUGAAGAAAGAAUUUGGAAUAGAGCCAUGGUCCUUUGAACAGCAUCCGGGGCAAGCUGUUUUUGUACCAGCUGGAUGCCCUUUCCAAGUUAGGAAUCUUCAGUCCACGGUUCAGUUAGGCCUCGACUUUUUAUCUCCUGAAAGCCUGGGGGAGGCUGUAAAAUUGGCGGAAGAAAUUCGUUGUCUCCCAAAUGACCAUGAAGUAAAACUUCAAGUAUUGGAGGUAGGAAAGAUAUCGCUUUAUGCGGCAAGUUCGGCUAUUAAAGAAGUUCAAAAAUUAGUACUUGAUCCAAAGCUUGGCUCUGAGGUCGGAUUUGAAGAUCCAAAUUUAACAGCAGCAGUUUCCGAGAACAUGGAGAAAAUGCCCAAGCGAAGACAGAUAACUUGUGCUUGAAGUGCUCUCUUGUAUCUAUAGUUUAUAUAUCGAUGACUGACACCCGGAUUGAAUAUCCAAUGUGUAAAUUUGUUAGCGUGAUCUUCUAUUUUUCGUGAACUCAAAAAAGUUACAUAGCGAUUGACACCUCAUCCCAUCAAUCUAACACUUAGAUCAUACUUUGAGUUACUUACGAAAUGUGAAAUGUAAAUUAGAU